AUUUCCCGUCUCCUUGGACUCUACUGGCGCUCCCUCCUCCUUGAAUCGUCCCUGGUCCUAUGUCAAUCAGAUUCGUUGGUCGCCGUGUUUCCAAUUUUAUCCGUACCACAUCUGUUCUUCAUGUCAGGGAUUCGGUAAGACAGAAUCAUGGGGUGGACAUAAGAUGCAUAAACCCAAAGGCCAAUCUGCAUACUUGUUCUCUUACAUGCUUUCCAUUGGCAAACCAAAUAAGCCAAAAACCUGUAUUUGUGCCUUAUAGCAUUCAUUCAUUAAGGUCACAUGUUCGAUUAGUGAGCAAUUCUGCCGUUGAGAUGACGAUGGGUAAAGAUGGUGUCAGGUUUUCUGUCGGUAAACAGCUUGAAAGACAUGAAGGUUUGAGGGAAAGAGAAAAGAAACCAAGACGGAUUAAACCGUCUAAAAAGACCAAACUCAACGAACUAAGGUUUUACCGUUUGAAGGCAAAGAAAAAGAUGAGAUCUCCGAAUCCAGAAAUUAGGAUUUUAUACAAGCUUGGAAAGGCCAAAAGAAAGGAAGAAUGGUUGAUUGAGAAAUUAAGGAAAUUUGAGGUACGCAAAGCCGCAGCUGAAGUACAUGAUCCUGAAAGUUUGACAGAGGAAGAGAAGUUCUACCUGAAGCGAACAGGCGAGAAAAAGAAACAUUAUGUACCAGUCGGGAGACGUGGAGUAUUUGGAGGAGUUGUUCUUAAUAUGCAUCUCCAUUGGAAGAACCAUGAGACUGUUAAGGUUGUUUGCAAACCUUGUAAGCCUGGACAAAUUCAAGAAUAUGCUGAGGAGCUUACUCGACUAAGUAAAGGCAUUGUGAUUGACAUAAAACCUAAUAAUGUCAUCAUAUUUUAUCGUGGAAAAAAUUAUGUGCGACCAGAGAUUAUGUCACCUCCUGACACCCUGUCGAAAGCAAAGGCUUUAGAAAAAUACAAAUACGAACAGUCCCUUGAGCAUACAAGUGAGUUCAUUGAAAAACUGGAGAAUGAGCUGGAAGAGUAUUAUGAGCAUAAAGCACGGUUUGCUAAAGCGAAGGAAAGUUCACCAAUGGAUUAAGUGGACGAUGUUUAAUGGUUCCGUCUUUGUGCGUAUGGAGGAUAAAUGGGACAUGGAUCUAGUUUUUGCAUUGUUGGUUGAUGAAUAAUGGGUCUACUUUCGUCACUCCCACUGCUGUCUGUUGACCAGGAAGAAGGCAGAAGAAUGAGUUUGAUAUGCACACUUAUGUUCAAAUUGUGGUGUGAGUUGUACAUGUUUCAACCAAAGUCGCGGCAUCGAUGGAUGAAUCUCCUAUGGCAUGGCUCUGUUUCUUGGCAAAACUAGAGAAUCUGACGAAGGUUUUGCAAAAGCUGGAAAUGAGGGGUUGUGCUUUUAGGAAGCAUACCUAAGGUGUACUUGUAUCGUUAUUCGUUGGUGGGGUGGUUGAUGGUCGGUAUCGAUGGUGGGGUGGUCGAUCAGGGUUGGGAACGGGAGAGUUUUCUACUUGCAUUGUUCAAUUUUUAAAUGUAUUAUGUCAUUUUUUUUCUUAAUUCAAAAGUGCAUCAUAAUAUAUCAAAUUCAUAAUUAGAAGGUUUUGUUGGAAGAAGUUUGUGUACAAAA